CUUCCGCCGCGAGCGGCCGCCCCCGGGGUGAACGGUGAUGGGUGACGGCGCUGCUAUGGCGGCUUCUACCUUGUGUGUACUUCUCCUGCUCUGCGCCGCCGCGCGACCCGCUCUGGGCUGGGACCGACCAGGGAAGGUUCUGCUGCGGGAUGUUCAGGCGCUCACUCUCCACAGAGGGCAAUACACCACAUCCAGGCGAACAGCUGCGGUCCCUCAGCUGCAGUGCACAGGAGGCUCUGCCGGGUGUUCCCGUGUCCCUGAGGUUGUUCAGUGUUACAACAAAGGAUGGGAUGGCUAUGAUGUACAGUGGCAGUGCAAAGCAGACUUGGAAAAUGCCUACCGUUUUGGAAAAAUAGAAGUGAGCUGUGAAGGCUACGAUUACCCAGAUGACCCUUACAUCCUAAGAGGCUCCUGUAGUUUGCUGUUCAGGCUGGAGCUKACUGAGGAAGGUGAAAGAAGAGUGAAAAACUCCGGAAGCUUUGGCUCUAGCUAUUACCAGUCAAGGAAAGAUUAUUCUGAUUCUGGUUCUGGAGCAAUUGUUGUAAUUGUUCUUGUCAUUCUUGCUUUUGGAGCAUACAAGUUCUUUCUCGGCAACCAGCAGUCUCAGCAAAGUUCUGGGGACAGUGGUGGAUUCUCUCRGCCCUUCUGGCAGAGCCAGCAGGCACCUCCUCCUCCUGGCUUCAAGUCCACCUUCACAGAUGACAACAGCUUUGGAACUCAUUCCCAGCAUGGAACCAGUGCAAGAGCCGGAUUUUGGACUGGAUUAGGAACAGGAGGCUUGCUAGGCUACUUGGCAGGCAGUUACAGAGGGCAGCCACAUUCCCCAUAUCACAGUAUGUGGACAGAUCCUACAGCUGCACCUCCUAUGAAUAGGCACUCAAGGAAUUUCACAGGAGGCAGCAGUUCAGGAACAAGAACUGCAUCUGGCUUUGGGGGCACAAAACGAAGAUGAAAUCCUUGGCAUUAUUACAUCGGAGUGAUUGAACUAAAUCUUGUUGUUUACUUCUUUUAGUGAUAGUAUACUUCAGAAGUAGAUAUGAGGUAUGAAGGACUAGGCAAAGAAUUCCUCAUUUUCUCUGUGGACUCUCACAGGUGUUUGGGGUAUCACAGAUGCUGGAACAUCCACUCUUUCAAAUCAGCAGCUUCUCAUACAGGAGAAGCUCAUCCAAGUUAAGAAAAACGUUGUUACAGUGACCGUGUAUCUGUCUGUUCUUGAGGGAUUAUGGCAAUGAUAGCCUUACCAGAUUUUCGAAGCAUGUAGCUUACUACUCMUGUUCUGGGCUUAAUUUUAUUUGAUCCAGAAUUUCUGGUAUUUUUUUCCUCUUUCCUGGUAGUCCAGCAUCUACGUGAUACAUAAGAAGCGAUGUUCUUUGAAGCUACUUUUGUUUGUCUUGCAGAACAAAAGUAACUUUACUGUGAACUUUACUGUAAGUGCARUCAGCUGCUCAGAUAAGUGUUGGAGUUCUUCGUCAGUGGACAAGAGAAAACUGUAUAUAAGGAGACUAACAUUAAUAUGUUUGUAUCUGUGCUGUGUGACUGUUGGGAGCUAAAAUAUACAGAUUCAUGGAUUCUCCAUGUUUUAGAGCUUAUCCAAGGUGACUGUGCAAACCUGGGCAAUUUUGUGUAUAACUUAUGUGGUAAAUUAAUAAGUAACCUGGAAAUUUGGACCUUUUUCUGGAAGACUGAGGUAAGUUAAAUUUAGAUGACUACACACAUUUUGCCUGCAUUGAGGCCACAGACUUUCCUUUUAAUGAUGGAUGUUGACAAUGCUAUGAAAACUUGUGAUGUGAAUGGUCUGUCCUGCUAGAUGACCUGUCCAGGGCACAGUAAACCAAAGGUGCUCAUUGCAGAAGGGAAGGGAAUGUUCUUAAUGCAAAGGUGGUAGAAUCUCUAGGACACAGCAGGCCUUGAUGGUAAGCAAAGAAAGGAAGUUGAGUAUCUAACGGGAUGUAAACUUUCCCAAAUGUGCUUUUUAAAAAUGAAGUGCUGUCAAAGAGUGAGAAGCAAAAAGGCCUUGCUUUGUUCUGUGAUGAUAUUUUGGGGUCUCUGUGCAGUGUCAUACAGUUUUUGGAUGACUUACUGUCUCCUGGGAGAGGCAUUGCUGAAUAAAAAGCAGAGAAAUUUGUCAGGGUUGUGGGGAGAGGGCAAGAGUGAAAAAUGGGUUGCUUGAUCACCAGCUCUUCUCCAGAGCCCAUCCUAACAGAGUGUAGAAGUGUGUGUGUGUGUCUGUGCACAGCUUGUGUAUGCUGGCAGCAGCCAGAGAAGCGUUAUCUUUCAGCCUUGUGGAAAUACUGUGUCUGGGAAUUSAUAUCAACUAUUGCAGCAAAAGCAAAGCACUGUUCAGCUGAUACACUUUGUAUCUUCACAAGGAUAUUCAGUACCUCUGGUUAGGAAAGUGACUUCUGCAUGACUCACUGAAAAGCAACUAUGUCCAUUCAGGAGUACGGAAGGAAUUAGCUCGUAUGGUAACACCCAAGUUCUCUGUAUGGCUUAAGCAACCAAAAGAGAGAAAACCAAAAAAGAGAAGAAAAAAAGCCAGUAACAAUGACAAAAAAAAUACAAGCGAACCAAACCAGCAAAACUCAGAAAUCUUUUUGAAAUUGACAGAAAAAGUGCUUAAUAAAAAAGUGCUUGURCUAAAAAGUGUUAUUUUGAAAGUAUCAAAUGAAAUUGAUAACUUGAGGGUAAAAUGGUAUUUUGCUUCUCAGAGCUGCCUAAGGCUUGGAGGAAAACAACUGUAUUAACAGCCUGCACUAUGAACCUAAAAAGGGAAAUGGCAAAGCCCUUACUGAUAGCCUACUAGAAAGCUCUACAUUUUUUGAGAAGUCUAUGGUAAAUCUCAUAUCUUUACAACAAAGUGUAGCAAAAUAAUAUAUUUUAAAUACGGAGUUUUUACUUCUAAGUAUAUUCAGGCUAAACUUGUCACAGUCAAUAUUUGCUUUACCAACUAAUUGCAUAACGAUGAAACUAGAUUUUUUUCUAAUUGGGUAAUUUGAAGACAAAGUUUGCUCUCACAUUACAAUGUUCGAUGAAACGUUUUGGACGAUGUUUUAAUUUGUAUUUAUAUAUUUGUAGUUUUUGCCUGAAAUGUGAUUUAAUACAUAAAUCUGAUGAAUUGCCAUAGUUUCUGGAUCUGUAGGAUGUUUUUGCUCUUCCUUUUCAUAAAGGCGUGAAAUAAGUGAAUAAGGAGUACUUUUGUCUUUAAAUCACUAUCUUGAGGACUGCAGGSAUGGCAUUGUCUUUUCUCAGAGUUGUCUGUCUCAUCAUCUACUUCCUGGGUUGUGUAAUACCAUCCUUUACCCYCAGAUGCAGAAUGGUUAAGCUGUGUGUUGUUUCAAUGAAAUAAAACAAAACAAAACAAUACUGGAAA